CUGCAAGUUGCAUACUAGAAAAGGCGGUUGUUUAAAGUAGGCGGUGUUUGAUUUAUCUCCAUUUACAACAGUUUAAGCGAUGGCCGAGCAUGAGGAACACCAGUAUCUACACCUUAUUAGAAACCUUAUUCAAAAUGGAAAUGUCAAAGGAGAUCGGACAGGCACCGGAACAAGAUCAAUUUUUGGAGCUCAAAUGCGAUUCAGUUUGCGAAACGGAAAAUUCCCCUUGUUGACAACUAAACGAGUUUUCUGGAGAGGCUUGAUGGAAGAACUCCUUUGGUUUGUCAGAGGUUCAACAAAUGCUAAAGAGUUGCAAGAGAAGGAUAUUCGAAUCUGGGAUGGAAAUAGCUCAAGAGAGUAUCUUGAUUCAAUAGGAUUGAAAGAUCGAGAAGAAGGAGACUUGGGUCCAAUCUAUGGCUUUCAGUGGCGGCAUUUUGGGGCUAAAUAUGACAAUAUGCACAGUGAUUACAGUGGUCAAGGUGUUGAUCAACUCAAGAAUUUGAUACACACAAUACGCACCAAUCCCGAGGACCGACGCAUGAUUCUUACUGCUUGGAACCCGAGUGCUUUACGAGAAAUGGCUUUACCACCCUGCCAUUGCUUGGCACAGUUUUAUGUAGCGAAUGGAGAACUUUCUUGUCAGAUGUAUCAGAGGUCCGCUGAUAUGGGCUUGGGUGUGCCUUUCAACAUCGCCAGUUAUUCAUUGCUGACAUACAUGAUUGCCCACGUUACAGGUUUAAAACCAGGAGAAUUCAUUCAUACACUUGGGGAUGCUCAUGUUUACAGUAAUCACAUAAGUGCGCUAGAAAAGCAAUUGGAACGAGAGCCGCGACCAUUUCCUACUCUCAAAAUCGCGCGCCAAGUGUCUGAUAUUGACGAUUUUAAGGCUGAAGAUUUUGUACUUGAAGGGUAUGAUCCACACCCAAAGAUCCCGAUGGAUAUGGCUGUUUAGAUAUUGUACCACUCCUUCGAUAAAAUAAAUCAAGUUGUAUACUGA